AUGAUUAUUCUCCGGACAAAAAAGAUUUUUACAUGGGCAGUUUGGGGAAAAUGCAUCACUCUGCUGCUAAUGGGAGCGGGGUACCUGACUUAUGUUUUAAUUGGAGGGGUUAUCUUCUGGCAGCUGGAGGGGGACCAGGUCCGAACUGAAAUUGCCUCUCUGCAGGACAAGAAAAGACGGAUACUACAGAUUUAUCCAUGUCUUGGUCAAGCGGGACUGGAGGAUAUGGGAGAUUUUAUCUUGGCAAUAUCAAGGAAUGGGAUGAGUCUGAAAAAUAACCACACGGCUGGCGGCUUUUGGAAGUUUACCAGCUCAAGUGUGUUUGCUGCCACUGUGGUCACAACCAUUGGUUACGGGAACAUCAGCCCCAGUACAAUGCCCGGUCAGAUUUUCUGUGUGAUUUUUGCCAUUUUUGGAAUCCCCUUAAACAUGGUGGUUUUGAACAGGGUGGGCAAAUACAUGCUGGCCCUAGAGAGGAGUGUUUGCACUUUCAUUGCAAAAAAAACCAACCACCAGAACGUUGUCCUGGUGUCACUCCAUUUUACCUCCUUCAUUGCCUCAUUACUCCUCUAUCUGGUGGCUCCCAUGGUAAUAUUCAAUGAGUAUGAGGAUUGGAGCUAUUCACAAGCGAUCUACUUUUGCUUUAUCACACUCAGUACUGUUGGUUUUGGAGAUUUUGUAGCAGCUUAUAAUGCUGAUAAGACGUACCCUGACUGGUAUGGCAGCAUCACUGCAGUUUGGAUAUUUUUUGGCAUGGCCUGGCUGGCUUUAGUCAUCAAUCAUUCUAUUGAGCUUUUGGAGAGCUUAAACUCAUACCUGAAAAAGAAAGAAAAAUGUAAUAAAUCUGACAGCGAACAAGGGCAAGAGACACCAGAGGAGGAGCAGAAAGACAUCGAGCAACAGGAGGAGGAAAAGGAUGAAAAGGAUGAAAUGAAGGAAAAGGAUGAAAUGAAGGAAAAGGAUGAAAUGAAGGAGGAAAUGGAGGUAAAGGAGGAAAUGGAGGUAAAGGAGGAAAUGGAGGAAACGGAUAAAAAGGAGGAAAAUUAG